UAAUCGAAAAUGCUCUUAGCGGAUUAACUUUUUAAAUUUAAAUUGCUAAGAGACAUUGUCCAGCUAAUCAUUGUUUCAACGACCAGCAGAUGAAAUAGCCACUUUGUCACAUCUUUUUGACCCAUCGUGUUAUGACAUUAUUGGUCUUACCAUCAUGAUUGAAUACAGUUUACUUCUAGUAGCUUUAAAUCGAUUAAUUAUAACCUUGGCUUUACUCGUAUUAAUCAAAUUUAUAUACAAUUAUUUUAAAGUUGUUCGACAUUUUUCUAAAUUCCCUCAUGUCAAGGGCCACUGUAUACUUGGAAAUUUAGUUGAUAUAAAGACGAACUUGUUAAAAAGCGAUGAAUUUGCAGAGCAGCAGCUUCAAAUACAAUUUAUGCAAAAACAUGCUCAACCAGUACAAAAGGAAGGUGUAUUUUUAGCUUGGAUUUUCUGCAAGCCAAUGGUAUUCUUGACCAACUAUCAAUCGAUUAAGCUUGUGUUAUCAAGCUCGAAGCAUCUUGAGAAAGGUGAUGUUUACUAUUUUUGGCAUCCACAAAUGGGACUUGGACUAUUGACUCAACAUGUUAAUAAAUGGAGGUCUCGUCGAAAGAUGUUGGAGCCAGCCUUCCAUAUCGAUAAUUUACGUAAUAGUGUUGAAACUGUUGGUAAACAUGCAGAUUCUCUGGUCAAAUAUUUUCAAGGACAUGUUGGAACUGUGUUGGAUGUCAAGGAAUUGAUGCCUCGAGCUGCUCUAGAUAUUGUAUGUGAUACUGUGCUAGGAGUUUCACCAGAUGCAAUCAACGUUCCUAACUCAUCUUAUGUUCGCGCCAUAAUGAACUUGAAGAAGAGAGUUAUCACUCGUUUAUUUAAUCCACAUUACUGGUUGGAUUUCAUCUUUUAUCGAGCACAAAUCGGAAAAGAGUAUAAGAAGGACAUAGAUACUAUUAAUGCUUUUUCAACCCAAGUGAUCAAUGAAUGGAAAUCCCGAGCUGUUAAAGAAAAAAAGAUGAUGAAUGGGAAUGACCUUAAUGGUAAUUCCAACGGAGUAACAUUAUCAUCCAAACCAGCAAUAAAUGGAUCAGCUGGCGCACACAAUCCUUCCGAAGCAAAUAGCCAGGUUGAUGAUGAUGAUGAUGUCUUUUCCUCCAAAAAACGACCAAAUUUAAUGGACAUUCUUUUACGCCAUCAUUUAGAUGAUUCAAUCACCGAUGAAUCUCUCAAGAUAGAUGAAAUCGAUAUGCAAGACGAAGUCAACACUUUCAUCGAGGCUGGACAUGAUCCUGCAGGUGUUGUACUCACAUGGAUAAUGCAACUAUUAGGAUGUCAUACCGAUAUUCAAGAGCGCGUUUAUAAUGAAAUCAAAGAAACAUUGGCCGAUGUUCCAUUUCCCUAUUCUUGGAAUGAUCUUGCCAAUUUAACCUACACAGAAGCCGUGAUUAAAGAGUGUCUUCGUAUUCGUCCUCCAGUUCCUUUCUUGCAGCGCAUUUUAGAUGAGGAUGUAACCUAUGGUCCCUAUGUCAUUCCCAAAGGAGAAUGUGUUACAUUAUCCAUUUUUUCACUCCACCAAGAUCCUGAAAUAUAUCCUGAACCGCAUGUCUUCAACCCUGAUCGAUUCCUUCCCGAGCAAAUCAAAUCAAUCCCUCCGUUUGCAUUUCUUCCCUUCUCCGGUGGUAAACGCGGCUGUCUAGGCCAAAGGUUUACAUAUAUGGAGUUGAAAAUGAUCCUUUCACGUUUAUUGCUACGUUAUCGUUUUAAAUCAGUCAAACCAUUCGAAUCUAUUCCAUAUGCCUUUGAGUUGGUCAAUCGACCCAAAGCUCCUGUUGAAAUAUUGAUUGAACAACGUUAAAAUAAUAGUGAAACUAAAAGUAGAAAAUUAUUCAAUUAUAAAAGCAAAAAAGCAGUAACUCUCAAAAUCCCACCUUUAAGUACAAAUACGUACAAAUACGUACUCAUGCAAUACCUCAAUCAUCACAUUUACUUCAGUCUUUCUCUCCUCUUCCUUGCUUUCUUGCCAUAUAAACUGCUCUUUGUGAUAUUUUCCUUUUUUUUAUUCUUUUAUUGUCUAAAACAAAAUCUAACAAAGAUUUAAUAAACAUGUUAAACUAACA